AUGGAGGUCGACCUGGAUCUCCUCACCUCCAUAGCCUCCGGUGGCAUCGGGACCUGGGAGAAGAGCAGCUCCGCACCUGCCUUCUACCGCAAGCAUGAAGAUUGCAGGGAGUGCUUGCGCGACCUGCAGCGCAUGCUGCGUGACGACGACCCGGAGGAACGGCCCGCUUUCUUCGCGGCUAGCAAGUUCAACUUUGCCAGAACGGACCUGGUGCCCCUGAUCACCACCCACCCCGACGAUGAGGCCCUCCUCAUCCAAGCAUUGAAGGUGUGCACCCUGCUGUGCAUGCCCCCCUCCCGCGACUACGUCGUCCAGAAUGCGGCGGCGACCGCAGCCGCCGCUGCCGCCGUGCGCGACGCUUUCCUGGUGCCCGAUGCCCUGGGCAUCGUGGUGGGGCUGCUGGAGGGGCCCCUGGCCCAGGGCACCCGGGUCAGGGACGCGGACGUCGCCCUCAUCCAGCUCGUGCUGACGUUCAUCAGGAACCUGUGCGUCAUCCCAGACCUGAGGGACGGCCCCAGCGAGGCCCGGGACGCCAGUAUAAGGGCCCGGCAUGCUUUCGUGCAGCGCUGCUUCGAGGAGGGGGUGACCGACGUGCUGACCCUGGCCACCUGCGCCGCGGGGGAGCACCCCUUCAAGGCAGAGGCCCCUCUGCUGGUGGAGAUCAUGCAGGGCCUGCUGUCCCUGGCAGAGCCGUCCGCCCUGCUGCUGGCCCCAACCGAGCCGCCUCGCACAGUCCCGGCCUCGACAAGCGGCCGCUCAGCGGUCUCCAGCGCCGGCCGCCGCCCCACACUGGCGGCGGCCACCGCACACCUGCCCCGCCUGGACACGGCCACCGCGCUGGGGCGCAGCGUGGCCCAGCGUGCUCCCGCCCGGCACGCGCACUCCAACGCCGUCUUCGUGCGCCGCCAUGCGGACCAUACUCGGGACGUGGUCCUGCGCCACAACCACCGGCGGUCAGAGCUGCCGAGGAGGGAGGGGCCCUCUGGCUGGGUGAAGCCAGGGACCACGAGCACCAGCUCGGGGACUGUCCUCGUGCCGAGACUCGCGGCCUUCCUCGAGGAGUUCCUGGCGGAGGGGUACAAUGAGGUCAUGAGCACGAUGUUUGCCGGGCUGCGUGCGGGUCUUCUGGUGUCCACACUGACGCAGGAGGACUUCCAGAACUUCGUGCGGCUGGCGGCCUACUGCACGCAGUAUGUCCGCCUGAAGGAGGAGUCGCGGCUCGCCUCCAAGGGCGCCGACACACCCGAAGCCACAAAGGGCGAUGGAGAGGAGCGACCCACAUCGCCUUUUGCCGGCAUCGCAGCCACGAUGGGCUUUGAGAAUUUCCACUGGGUCCACAUGCUGUGGGUGUCCCUGACCGACGUCCCAGCCAACCACGGCAAGCAGACCAACCAUGCAGACAAGCACUGGGACCUGCAGCACGCCUCCGUCCCGCUGCUGAAGGAGAUGCUGCUGGUCGUCGACCUCGCGCGCGUGGCGGGCACGCGCCAUGAUCGCCUCGUGGCCGAUCGACUCCAGCGCAGGCUCCUGCACGACGACCAGAAGGACAGCGGGCUCCUGCCGGUUCUCUCCCGGCUCAUCCGCGGCUACAACUACCGCUUCCAGCCCAGGAGCCAUGCACUGGAGCUAGUGGAAAGCAUGCACAUCGUGCUCGGCAUCGUGGACCGCCUGGUGGCAGCGGAGUCGGGAGGCUUCCGGGUGUGCACCAAGAAAACCGUGGCGCUCCAGAGCGAGGGAGGAGAAGGCGCGAAUAUUGCAGCCCCAGAGGAGAAGGCGGCGCAGGACGCCACCGGAGAGGAUACAGGGGUGGUGGGAAGGGACGCAUCGCCCCAGGAGUCUCCCAAACCGGAAGCAAGGGGCCGGACGAGCGUGAGGAGGGAGGUCGCCUUUGAUGCGGAGCGCCGCAUCCGGCAGGAGUGCGCCCACCCCGCGAUGAUCCACUUUGUGACCUGGCUCCUCAGCGGGUACAGGGAGAACAGCUCCUUUGCAAACCAUGCGCUGGUGUCCUUUCUGGAGAGGGUUUCGUCCCCAAAGAGCAUGAACUUGGAGCCUAUGUUGUACCAGAUGAGCGUUCUCCGGCUGUUCCAUGCCAUCCUAGCGGACCCUGCAGCUCGUACCGUCCCCUCCCUCAAGCCGGCCUUGGCCCUGGCGACCAGGGUCACACGGAACCUCAUGGCCAGGCUGGCGCCCCCAGAGACGCCCGACGAGCUGGAUUUGGACGCUGCAAGACCAGAGACAGACCCAGACAAGGCCGCAGCCGAGCAGCAGAUCAAGGCUUCCUGUACCAGCAUGCUCUUCGUGGAGCUACUCUUCUGGAAGUCCGCUACAGUGGCCGAGGACGUACGGGAGCAGUACAACUGGAGGAAGCUGCUGAAUCCAGCGCCAGCCCAUGCUGUGGCCAGGAGACGGCACAAGUGCGGGGCUGACAGCGAGAGCGAGGUGGAGGGGCCUGGGACCGAGCCAGGCUUGGCAGGCCUCCCACGGAGAUCCAGAGCCGGCACCUUCACCGAGGUGCAGGCCAAGGAGCUGCGCAGGGCGUUCGAAGCCUGCAACGGCGCCAAGGACUGCCUGUCACGUGUGGUCCAGGCCCUGGGAGGCCGCUUCAAGAAGGUCCACGUCAGCCGCCAGCUGGCUGCCAUGGGCCUGGCCAAGGGGAAGUUCACGCCCGACCAGGACACACUCCUGGCCGCGUACUGCGAGGAGUACGGCGGCAGCACGCCCGACGGCCGGGCGCUCAUCGCAGAGCGCCUGAACGCCGGUUUCUCGGCCACCCAGGUGAAGCGGCGCUUGCAGGCCCUGGGGCUCGUCGCGGGCCCACCCACUGCCGCCGGCAAGCAGGCUCGCGAUUGGCAGGCCCUGCUGGGAUCCUCCAGUGACGAGGAUGGCAGCGAAGGCGAGGCGGGGCCUGGCGACCGCGGCAGCUCACCUGUCGGGGACCCAGCGGUGGAGGUCCGGCCUCCUGGCAGCGUUGCCUCUGCUCUGGACGCUGAGGAGAGCGGGAUCGAGGGAGAGGGCGGGGCCGAGAGCGGCAGUCAGGCGAGCGCCCCGCUUGGACACCUGAGCGCGGCUGAGCCCCCUGAGGCCGCCGCGGCCUCGCCCGAGUCCAAACGUGCACGCCUGGAAGGUGGGGAGGACGUCGAGCAAGCGGCGGCUCGGCGCAAGGCCGCCCUGCAAGCCCUGCGCCAGUGCCGGCUGCAGCAGCAGGUGGCGGCAGGGGAGCCAGAGUCCCGUGCAUCGGACCCUGAGCCGCUACUCUCAGCCAGGGAGGCGAUCCAGGCUCCGGACAAGUCGAGCGGCCGUCGUCGCCUGAAGAAGGCGGGAGCCGCCCCCGCCUCGCUGCUGCUGGACGCCAGCCUCAUGGAUGAGGAUGCGUAG